GAUGAGUUCCACACCUGCGCCAGCGCCGUGCUGUCCAGGUGCCCCGUGGAAGCCAGCAGCGUCUGGGAGUCGCUGCGCCAGGAGUCCCGCAAGAUGCAGUUCCAGGGGAACCUGCAGGAGCUGUGCAGCGCCCGGAGCCGCCUGGCCAGCCCCCGGCCCCCCGGCUCGCCGGCCUCCGAGACCAACCAGGCCACGCUGCGGGGCUCGGCCUCCCCCCUGCAGCCCCGCCUGCUGGCCCUGCUGGCCCUGCUGGCCCUGCCGCUGCUCCGGCUCUAGCCCGGCCCGCCCGCAGGGUGCCCAGGUGAUGCUGGCCCGGUUCUCCGGCUGCUGGCCGCUCCCCGCCACGCCCACCUCCCUCCCGGGCAUCCCUCGCGGGGCACGGUCCUCCCCUGCAGCA